AUGAAGCAGUUGCAGAUUUCAUCAGGCAAUUCCGACAUUCCAGUAAGCAUUGUUAAUUACAUGCACGCUCUUUUCGAGCAGUACGCGUUUCUGGGAAGACCAGCUGAGUGCCCCGAGUGGACGAAGAAGAUCGAUGUGUUUCGCGAAUCACUUAUGAAGGUUGAAAAUGCUCUAUGCAAAUGGACAGUUCGAAGGAUUGAAGUGCCAGAGCACAUGACCAAUAUGGUGCCUUUCAUGCCAAGCAGUGCUGCAUGUAUUGAAUAA